GGGACGACUGAACCCGCGAAAUCCCGAAUAGUAAAAGCUCGAGAGAAGUUCUUCAAAAUCAAGAAAAACCCAGUUUUCAUUUCCAUUGAUCGAUCGCAUUAAACCCAAUUGAAGAGAGUAGCCGACAUGGGUUGGAUUGGAGAGACCAUCGAGUCUUUCAAAUCCAUCAAAAUCAGGAAGGUUCUAUCUCAGGCCGUCAGUUUUGGUUUGAUCGUUUCAAUGGCAUCGAUGAUUUGGAAAGGGUUGAUGUGCUGGACUGGCAGUGAGUCGCCUGUGGUGGUUGUGCUCUCUGAAAGUAUGGAACCUGGUUUUGCUAGGGGCGACAUUCUCUUCCUCCACAUGAAUGAAGAUCCAAUUCGUGCAGGGGAGAUCGUUGUGUAUAAAAUUGAGGGACAGGUCAUUCCAAUCGUUCAUCGUGUAAUCAAGGUCCACGAGACCAGAGAUACAGGAGAGGUUUACAUACUUACAAAAGGUGACAAUAAUGAAUUUGAUGACAUUCUACUGUACGCUAAGGAUCAGCUUUGGUUGGAAAGACAACACUUAAUGGGGAAAGCCAUCGGUUUCUUGCCAUAUGUUGGAUAUGCAACAAUUAUCAUGACAGACAUGCCUAUAAUCAAGUACAUAACUAUUGGUAUAAUGGGAUUGCUGGUCUUAACCUCCAAGGACUAGUGAAUAUCAGAAUGGCUUUACUCUUUGAUUUAUACCCAAUUUCAAAGGCAGGAAGCGUUUUGAGAAUGGCUUUACUCAGAUCAUUUGUUUUUCAUAUGGAAAUCAAAUAUAGAAACAAUUCUAUAUUGCUUCUUGUAAUACAUACGUUUCAAA